AUGUCCUCCUCAAUCUCCUCUACGGCGACGCGUACGCAAACCCAGACUCUGACCCUUCCCUCCGACAACCUCGACGAUCUCAUUUACCUCUCCCGCACGGGCGACCUCUCCGACCUGCAAAACCUGAUCACCAACUUAUGUCAAACCCACGCCUGUUCUCCGUCAGUGGUGCUCGCGUCAGCGAUCGAUGUCGAUGAAGAUGGAUUGGGGUCGCGGUCUUCGCUGUUGCAUUAUCCUGCUGCGAAUGGCAAUCUGGAGGUAGUGGAGUAUUUGUUGUCAUUGAUUGUGGCCUCUGAAGGGACCGAGGAGGAUGGCAACAAGACAAAGGAGAGUCUACCACAAGCAAAUGGAAAACAAACCCCUCCAAAAUCUGCCAUUGUCAAUCAUCAAAAUGUCAGUGGAAAUACCCCUCUCCAUUGGGCAGGUAUGAAUGGUCAUCUGGAGGUGGUUAAGGCUUUGGUUCGGGCUGGUGCGGACGCAGGCAUCGUGAAUGCCGCGGGCAGAGAUGCUGUUGUGGAGAGUGAGUGUAGUGCCAAAGAGGGGGCGGUGGAGUGUGCGGAUUGGAUGUUGAAGAAUUGUGAAGGCUUGGAGAAGGGGGUUGGGAGUGCUGGUGGUGAAACCAACAAUGGAGAUGAUCAUGGUGGUCAAGAGGAAGAUGUGGUCAUGUCAGCUUCAAUGGACGCUGAUGGUCGCAUGGUUGUGGAGGGUCAGGGCGAGGGUACAUGUGAAGACAACAAAGGUCAGGGAACAGGUGCUACUGAGGUGCAAGAGACAUGA